GUUUGAAAAUAGAGAUUUAAGCGAAGUGGACUCUAAUAGCGAAGAAAGUGGAGAUGAAUUGUCAAUACAGUUUCAAUCUGAUGAAUUUCGUACCGAAGCGCAAAUUAUUCAUAAAAAAUGUUUUGAUUGCGGAAACUUUAGGACUAAUUUUGCAUGGUGUCACUCUUGUGAAACUACCUGGUUUAAGGAAAACUAUUCAAAAUGGACAACUGGCGAUUUGCAGCUUGAUUCAAUUAUAAAAAAAAGCCAAGCCGAAGCAGAUAUAAGUGGCGAUUAUUUUGAAUAUAUUCCUUUCGAUAAAUUUGAACUGGUUGAGUUUCAUAAAGCUGGAACAUUUAGUGAAAUUUAUUCUGCCAUUUGGUUAGAAGGACCUAAGUGGGAUUGGAAUGAAGACAUUCAGGCUUGGUCGCGGGGUGGACCAAUAAAAGUAGCGUUGAAAAAGCUUAAAAAUUCUCAAAACUUGAGCGAACAAUUCCUGGAAAAACUACGGAAAUAUCUACAUUGUCUUCAAUCGAGUAGUAUGGCAGAUACAUUUGGCAUUACGAAAGAUCCAGACGGGUCUUUUAUAUUUGUAAUGAGAUUUUAUGAGAAUGGUGAUCUUAAUCAAUACAUCAAAAAUAAGGACAUUAACUGGAAAGAUAAAAUUGAUUUAUUAUGGGGAAUUACUGCUGGCUUGGAAAAUCUUCAUCGAUCUGGUCUCUAUCAUGGAAAUCUACACGCAUUCGAACUGAAUGAAACAUUUAGCGAUUGGAUAACUGAUAUAUAUGAAAAUCCAGCACCGACUGAAAUUGGCGAGGAAUUUAAUGACGCUGAAGAAAGAAGAUGUGAGGCCUUUCAAACACAGACAAACAUACCACAAGAAAUUCAUAAAGAUGCGUGUUACACAACUGAAUGGAUUCGUACAAUGUGUGCUUCUGGAAAGGCAGUCCAAAGAAAAACAGUAAUUAGAAAAGCUAUAUCUCUUGCAAUAAUAAAUCAAUGGAAAGAUCUUUAUCCUCAAAUCCAAGA